AUGGCAAGCAAAACAUUAGAUGUCAAAGGCUUCAUUGAGAGCCGAGUUGAUGAAAUAAAAAAGAUGGAAAUCGCUGUUAAGACCAUAGGAGGAUCUCGUUCUCUAUUUCAGACUGUAUCCAGGAGAAUGCGUCGUCGAGCAGCUAGCCAUAAUCGGAAGAGGUUACCCAAACGCUUAAUAAGCAAAGAUACAACCGACAAGACCAAGCCUACAGCAACAACGAAAAAAAAACGACGUACCUCAAAAAAGAGAAAUUUUCAAAGGAAAGACAAUGUAAGUCAGUGGUUGGAAACACAUAUUUGGCAUGCUAAACGAAUGAAAAUGUCUGACCAAUGGAAUUUUAAAAUUGCUGAAAUUUCUUGCGAAAAAGGCAAACGAGCUGCCUAUCGAGCAUGCAAGAAUGAGUGUACCAUACAAGAUAUAUCCUAUUAUAGAUGUAUAGAAAUAAAAGGUUUACAACAGGUUAUAGUCAAUACUUUUGCCCGCUUAACUAACAAUCAGACAGGAUCUACGAUCGAUAGUAUGGAUUAUCUUCAAGGUGGUGUGGAAGGUUGCUUGGAAUUACUCGAUCAAAUAACUUUAAUAAAUCAGCAAAAUAGACAAGAUAACAUGCUUGAAAUUGACUCUCAUACUGCUGAUGAUAGUUCACUUCUUCGAUUCUCUUUAAGAGGCCCAAUGUCGCAAAGUGUGCUAUAUCGUGCUUUCAAAUUGCACAAUGAAAGAUCCGAAAUUGAAACUACCUGGACGAAAUUAUUAACCCUAUCGUCUACUGCUACUUUACCGAGAGGUUCAGUUCUUGCAUUAAAUGUAGGCGAUCCCCGAUUAAAUCGUCCUAUCUUGAAGAAGAGAUACCAUAACCUGAACCGAUCGAUAGUUACAGAUUCUUGCCAAUCCUAUCUUCAAAAUUGGUCAAGUGAGUUUGCUCGGACGUUGUUAUGGAAUCCUACUAUUCGUAAAAAUGUUAAAGAAGCUAAAAAACCCGACCAUGAAUUAAAUAAACUACGUAUGCAAAUAUUUAAUGGACAACUGGAACUAAAUGAUAUAGAUAAUAAAAUUUCCAUUCCUGUAUUACUUAUCCAACAAACUGGUGCGACAGCCACCCUUAUAAAUAUUAAUAAUGAAAGCGACUUUAUUAAUAGUGGAUGGGAUUUAAUUUUACCUGCUGGUUGGGGUAUGCCAUUCUGGCUAUCACUUAUUUAUUGUGGAGCACGCGCUAUUGGUUUGCAAGAGAGUGCUAAACAAUACUUGGAGCAAGGAAUUCCUAUCUUUCCAUCAGAUUAUCCUGAUACAGCUGCAGGCUGUAUUAACGCCGUAGCAACGCAUCAGAAGUUGACGUCAGAUUACUAUCUUAGGCCCCCAGCAAAACGAAUCAAUUACUCCAAAAUUGGUAUUUUAUCGCCAUUCUUGAACCGCUGGGAUGAAUUGAUAGAAUAUUGGAGGAAAUUUUUACAAGUAACUGAAAGUUUUAAAACUGGAGAGAAGAUACAUGAAACACGCACUUAUUAUGUUAUAAGAUGCCGUAAAGAAUUAAGUACCUUAAAUCAGUUACUGCUAAAGAAAGUUUGCAAAUCAAAUCGAACGCAGGCUGAAGCUUUCGAUAAAGAAAUGAGUAACUUUGGUAUAAGCCAAAUAAUUAACAAUCAUAGUCGUGCACUUGUAGCCGUCAAAAUUAAAAUGUAUAAGCGCGGUACACCAAGACAGUUUUGUCCUAUUUGUUUACCUAGAAAUGAAGAUUUUUCAAAGCUGAAAGAUGAGUAUUUUAAAGGGAACUUAGAUAAAUCGUUAUUACAAGGAGUACUAGAACGCAGUAUUAUUGGAUAUGUAUCGUGUGGUGACUAUUCACACUCUGUUGGCUAUGGAUGUGCAGUUGGAUAUUGCAGUAUUGUUGGAUUGACUAAGUUAUUCGAGCAGCCCAUCGAUCAAUUUAGCCAUUUUAUUCUCAUACGAGACACAAAAUCACUACAGUAUCAUUUCGCAAGUUUAAAAAUUCUUAUAUUUUAA